GUUAAUGCCACAUGGCUAGCUUGCUGUGUUCACAUGGAGUGCAUUGUUUGCUAGUGUACAUAGUCUGGCUGCUGCAGUGAUUCCAGGUAGUCAUCAGAAUAUAGCCUGCAAGCUCUGAACUGUACUGAAGAGGUCUCAUAUAAUGGGGUUGUUGAAUAAAGUACCAGCUGUGCCCAGUUAUCUGGUGGGUUUAGUGCUCCUUGUGCCCUCUGCUGCUCUCAUGAUAGCGUGUGCAGUGUGCCCGUGUGUGUGGGUGUGGAGAGCGUGGAGACGUGACCCUCCCGUGAGUGGGCGGGCUGACAAUAGUGUGAAACGUGUGAGGCAGAACGUCAGUGUAGAGUUCAUUGUCCCGGAGAGCGUCGUUGGUUACGUGAUUGGUCGCCAUGGCACUAGCAUACGUCAGGUUGAAGAGGAGAGUGGAGCAAGAGUGCACUUCAAGGAUCAGCAGGGGUCAAAGGACAAGGUGGUGGUCAUCACUGGGCGACCUGGUUGUGUGGCAAGUGCUAAGGAACUCAUACAAGCGUCUGUUGAUGAGCGAUUGUCCUCGGGCAAGAACCAGCAGACGGUCACACUGACACUACCACAGCGUGCUGUCGGAAAGGUCAUAGGUCGCCAGGGCGCUAACAUCAAGUCUAUACAGCGAGAGUCGGGUGCAAAGGUAACCAUGGUAACUGGUGGUCGUAAUGAGGCUGUGCGUGUGUGUGAGGUGAUUGGUGGACCAGAGGAGAUAUCACGCGCAGUUGCUCUUAUUCAAGAGAUAGUGGCAGCCAUUGAUAAACCACGUCCAUCAAGACCCACUCCACCCAGUCACACUCAAGAGGGUGUCUCUAAUAUUAGGGAUUUGGAGUUGGUGAUUUCUAGUGAUUUUAUUCCAGUUUUUGUAUCAUCUGUUGAUGGACACGGCGGUGUUUGGGUUCAGCCAAUCGGAUUAGAGGAUCCCGUACAGCUUGAGGGAUUGGUCGAUGAGAUGACGCGUUACUAUGGCAACACGGAGGAUGUUUACCCUGGUGAUGUACAUGUUGGUGAUCUAUUUGCGGCGUCGUUUGAUCAUGAUGACAAGUGGUAUCGUGUGCGUGUGACGUGUGUGAGUAGUGGAGGUGUGGAGGUCGUGUACCUGGACUAUGGUGACUAUGCUGCUGUGAACGUCAGGUCACUCAGGCCACUAAGACCAGAGUACUGCACUCUCAAGGCCCAGGCUGUGAGGUGUCUACUAGACGCCAUUAUCCCAGCAGGUGGUGUGUGGAGUGAGGGUGGGCUAGCAGCUCUCGAGGACCUCACACACAGUGCAGCCUGGCGGGUUGUCAUGGCGAAGGUCGUCACUAAUACGCCCACCAAAAUACAGCUCAUUGACACCUCCAACAAUAAGGAUGUGGACAUUGCCGAGAGUCUAGUGUCUACUGGGCAUGCUCAGUGGGCUAAGCCACACCCACCAUAUCCUCGCUCACUACGUUACCAUAGAGACGAACAGCACCCCCUCCUACCAAUUACUAAUCAAGUGGUUCUGAACGACCAAUCAGAUUGCUCUGUGGCUUAUGUUGAAUCACCUGACUUACUGUUUGUGAUUCCGAUUGGCUACGAGCUUUUGCUGAGUCAGCUGUGUGCGAGGAUGAACGCAGUGUACGACCAAUCAGAUGACAGUAUUUCUACUCUCCAACGUGGUGAUACUGUGGCCGCCCACCUUAAUACACAGUGGUACAGAGGUCAUGUGAUCUCAUUCAACCAAUCAGAUUGCAGCGCUCUCAUUCGCCUGGUGGACUAUGGAGUUGUUGUGUGUCUACCGUCAAGUCAAUUAAAGCCUCUAAUUGAUGAGUUCUGUGAGGAGACAGUGUACAGUGUUCCCUGUGCACUGGCCAACAUCAAACCAUGCGGUGAUGGUUGGUCAGAUGAGGGGAGGGAUAGUUUGAGGGCGGUCACUAAUCAAGGCGACUGGGCCGUAUUCUCUGUGAAGCCCACUGGUUGUCAUAGCAACACAAACGGUAUCUCCAUACCAACCGUUGUCAUGCAGUCUCCUCACAAAGUGGGUGUGAGUUUGAACUCUGACCUUGUUGCUAGCGGCCUUGCAGAAGAGGUCAAAGGUCGUCCACCCCCUGAGGGUCGUGAGAUGUGUGAGGGUGGUGAGGGUGUGAGACAGAGGAACGUGAGGUUUCGCUGGAGUGGAGCACCACAGAGUGUGAGUGUGGCGGGAUCAUUCAGUGACUGGACACAGCUCUCACUCAACCAAAGGGGCAGUGGAGAGUUUGAGACAGCUGUUGACCUCCCUCCUGGUACACAUGAGUACAAGUACCUCGUCGAUGGUGCUUGGACACACGAUAGCUCUCAACCCACCAUUGACAACGACUAUGGUACCCUCAACAAUGUACUCAGCACAUAACAACGCAAUGAACUGGACUGUAUUAUUCUUGCAUCUCUAUAAUAUAGCAAUGUGUCUCAUUAUCAUUAUUUUACUGUGUGCGUUUGAAUAAUUAAUUUUAAUGUAAUAAUUACAAUUGUUUCUUGAUAAAGUUUUUUA